UUUGGGUUAGGUUAAAUCAAUAGAAAUCCGGAAAUUUCGGCGUUAGCACAGACGCCAGUGUUCGGUUUCCAGCGAAUCGUUAUUCCAGCGAGUUGCGCAUGCCAAUCAUCAGACAUUGUUCUAGCGUGAGAACCUACACUAAAAUCUUGGCCAGAAAACGUUUGUUUGUAACUUUUAAUUUGUUAAUAAACCUCUUUAUAGUUGAGAUAUUUAUUUGAAAGUCAAAACUAGCCUCACAGUGCGUUGCUGUAAAGUUCAAUUCCAGCUACAUUCUGAAGAUAAGUCCGCAACGCAGUGCUAAUGUCUGGCGUUUGGGUAACACGUUCAGCGUACACAGUAGCUGUCGUCUUUGUUAUGGUCUUUCAAGGAGGUGACGCCAUUAAAUGCUGGGAAUGUAAUUCCCUCUACGACCCAAACUGUGCGGAUCCAUUUGACAAUUAUACAGUGGCUGCAACUGACUGUGCCGAUCGAUUUCUGCCACAUUAUCCUAACGUUUCUGCUACAUUAUGCAGAAAGAUUAUCCAGAAGGUCAACAACGAAUAUCGUUAUAUUCGGAGCUGCGGAUGGGUACAUGGAGAAGAGAGGUUUGAGGGUAGCUGCUACAAGAGGGCUGGAACCUUUCAUGUCAUGAUCGACUAUUGUAACUGUGCAAACGAUCGAUGUAACAACGCUAUUUACAACACUCCCAGUUGGAUCCCUCUAGUUGUUCUUAUUGUUCUUGUAUUUGUGUUAGAGCCUACCGGGCAAGUAAUCAAUUAACUUUUGAAGUGAAUAUAUAUACAUAUAUAAGUUAACACCUUGAAAGUUCCUAGGUUGGUUAACACACUAUUCACUCAAAACGAUGAACUCAAGAUCAGUUUAUAGAAUACGUAGAAUUUAUUUUUAUUACGUUAAACAUUUUCAGAAUAGCAGCAGAUGGCAAUGGCGUUUACUAAAAAUGUUACGUUUAAAAUUAAUGACGACUUAGUAUAUGUAGAACUGUUUUCCCAGUGAGAAGAAAAACCACACACAGAGACACAUAAGUUUAAGCAAACGUGUAAUAACAGUAGUAUGUUGAUAUUAUAUAAAUAGUGGCUUUUAUCGGUCCACUGAUGACCAACAGGUAAGUUCAAAAGUAUCUACAAAACGCAGAUUCAGAAAAUAGAUCGAAUACGGAUGAAUACAUGUAAGUGAACAAAUAAAUAAAAUAUUUAGUCACUGUGAAAAA